AUAUACCAACUGCUACGGUCGUUAUACCUCAGUCUCUCUCAAAACUGAUAAACUGAUACUAGUCUAUCCUCGCUGAAAACCACAUAGCUUUUAAAUCUCAUUAAUGGAGACUCUGAACCCCGGUAAGCCUUCAACCCCAUCUCUCCUAAAAACCCAUUUUCUCAAAUCCCCUCCUUUCGUUAACUCUACCAUCAAAUUAAAGCCCCAAUUUCACACCCUUUACAACAGGAGAACUCUUUCUUUAACCAUUACUUGCAAACUGAAAAGCUCUCAAGAAGUAAAGAACAAAGACAAGAAUGUAUCCAGGAAGAUUCUGUUAUCAGAUUCAGCUCCACCAGUUUUAGAAAAAAGUGGUUCUGGCAAUGGGGUGGUUCCAGAGAAGGCAGCAGGAGGUGGAGGUGGUGGUGGACCAUUGGUUUUCGUGAAGAGGUUGCCUAGGAGGGUUUUGUCUGUUUUGUCUAAUUUGCCUUUGGCUAUUGGAGAAAUGUUUGCUAUUGCUGGGCUUAUGGCUCUAGGUACUGUCAUUGAUCAAGGGGAGGCUCCAGAUUUCUAUUUCCAAAAAUACCCUGAAGAGAAUCCUGUUUUAGGAUUCUUCACUUGGAGGUGGAUUCUCGCCCUUGGAUUUGAUCACAUGUUUUCAUCUCCUGUUUUCCUGGGAAUGUUGGCUCUCUUGGGAACAUCUCUUAUGGCCUGCACUUACACAACACAGAUCCCCCUGGUUAAGGUUGCAAGAAGGUGGAAUUUUUUGCACUCAGCUGAGGCAAUCCGUAAGCAGGAAUUUUCAGACAAUUUGCCCAGGGCGUCCAUUCAAGAUUUGGGUGUUAUUCUGAUGGGAGCUGGAUACGAGGUGUUCUUGAAAGGACCAUCUCUAUAUGCCUUCAAGGGUUUGGCAAGCCGGUUCGCCCCUAUUGGAGUACAUUUAGCAAUGCUGCUGAUAAUGGCAGGGGGAACUCUUAGUGCUGCUGGGAGCUUCAGAGGCUCAGUCACUGUUCCACAGGGGUUGAAUUUUGUUGUAGGAGAUGUGUUAGGUCCAACUGGGUUUCUUUCUACUCCCACUGAAGCUUUCAAUACGGAGGUUCAUGUCAACAGAUUCUACAUGGACUACUAUGAUAGUGGAGAGGUGUCACAAUUUCACACUGAUCUUUCGCUAUUAGAUUUUGAUGGGAAGGAGGUGUUGAGGAAAACAAUCAGCGUAAACAAUCCUUUGCGCUAUGGUGGGAUUACUAUAUACCAAACAGACUGGAGCUUUUCUGCCUUACAGAUAAGUAAAAAUGAUGAAGGACCUUUCAAUUUGGCUAUGGCACCUUUGAAGGUCAAUGGUGACAAGAAACUUUUUGGAACUUUUCUACCAGUUGGGGACCUUAAUUCUCCUAACGUCAAGGGAAUAUCAAUGCUUGCACGUGAUCUACAAUCCAUUGUCCUAUAUGAUCAAGAAGGGAAGUUUGUGGGAGUCCGACGACCUAACUCUAAGCUUCCAAUUGAAAUAGAUGGAACAAGAAUUGUUAUUGAAGAUGCAAUUGGAAGUAGUGGUCUUCAAUUAAAGACUGAUCCAGGGGUACCAGUUGUUUAUGCUGGAUUUGGUGCCCUAAUGCUCACAACUUGCAUCAGUUACUUGUCUCACUCACAGAUAUGGGCCUUGCAAGAUGGAACAGCAGUGGUUGUUGGAGGAAAGACUAACCGAGCCAAGGCUGUAUUUGAAGAUGAAGUAAAUCGUUUGCUCGAUCACGUUCCCGAGUUGGUUGAAUCUUCAUCUCUUUCCAAGCAAUCUGAUAUGAUUAGUGGUUAGUUUUUAUGCAUCACAUCAGAAGCACACUUGAAAGAAGAUUACCUGCUAUUCAAAUUUUUUGAGGUAAAAACAAGAUACAAUCCAAUUUAUUUGGUUAUCCAGCUUGAUAAAUGACAAUACUCAUAGAGCCAUAGAGUAUCUUUCUGAAUGUAUAGUUAUUAGCAUUACUCAGUAUAUACAUCAGUAUAAUCUUGCAGCUGCUUAAUUUGUAAUGAGAGGAUUGGGUAUGGUGGGUGGAAGGCGAGAGCUACCUCUGUUGUGUCGCUCAAAGCCUGAUGGGGGCUCAUACUGAACAUUGUCUUUCAUUGUUACUCGCAUGUAGAUCCACUAAUUUUGUACUAAGCAGACAUUAUUCGAAUACUGUAACAUUAUUUAUUGUCACUUGGAUUAUAUCCACUGUAGCUUAAUUUGCCUGGUUAUAACUUGAUAAUUAUGAUUGAUAUCACCUUUUGAUUGCAA